AAUGGAUUGGAAGAAGUGAACAUCCGAUGUUGGAGUAUGGAGUUGUUGGGCAGUUGGGCGCUCUCUCUCUACCUGUAAGAGGGAAAAGGAAAGGGUAGCAUGUAACAGAAAAUAAAAACGGGACAUGCAACGGUUACAUCUCAGCUUCCUCUAGCUUUAAUUGGUUGGCAACAAAACCAGAAGCAAAAAAGAAAAAGAAAAGGAAAAGAAAAGAUGAAGCAAUUCGGACCCACAUGUUGCUCUUCCUUUGAUUUCGGACUGUUUGUGGCAAAUCCCUUCACAAAUUCUCCACCCUUUCAACGUCCCGCACAUCUCGCACCCUGUGGAACAAUUAUCGCAGAAAACCAACCAACUUUUACCACCAAAAAUAACACACUCUGUGGUUUUUUCGAGGGUUUAUGCCCAUUUUAUUAUCCCACCAUUGUUCUUGGUUAAUGCGAACUCAUUUUGGCUAAUGCGGGGGUGAUUCCCCAUCUCCGACCCAUUUUCCCUUCCGGGUCGAUCUGGGAUGUUGGCGGGUUUGACUACUUAAUGGGUUGCAUUAGCUCGAAGCACGCGGUGUCCGCAUCUCCAGAUUUCGAUAUCUCGGAGGCCAUUGAGGAUGAUUGGUCGGUGAUUUCCGCUUCCUCGUUCAAGCAGCGACGUGGGUCUAGAGGGGCAUCCGUCAAGAAGGCGAAGAAGGUGAGGAAGGAGAGGAAGGAGGAGAAGGAGGAGAAGGAGGAGAAAGAGAAGGACAAGGACAAGGAAUCUGAGGAGGAGAAGGAGGAGGAGGAGCCGAAAGACAAUGAGGGUCUCGAAUUGCAGAGGUCCAAGAAGGGGAGCGUUAAUGGGAAGAGUACUUUCAGUGUAAGGUUUGGGAAUUUGCAUAAGGUAGAAGCCGAGCAAAUCAUCGCCGGAUGGCCCUCUUGGCUUAGCGCUGCUGCCGGAGAGGCCAUUCAUGGAUGGCUGCCUCUCAGAGCAGACUCAUUCGAGAAAUUGGAGAAGAUUGGACAAGGUACAUACAGCACCGUGUAUCGAGCACGUGAUGUUGAAACUGGGAGGAUUGUUGCCCUGAAGAAAGUGCGUUUUGACAAUUUUCAACCAGAGAGUGUCAUGUUUAUGUCACGAGAAAUAACCAUUCUCCGCAGGCUUGACCAUCGAAAUAUCAUGAAAUUGGAGGGGAUAAUUACUUCUCGAUUGUCAUGUAGCAUAUACCUUGUGUUUGAAUACAUGGAACAUGACCUUGCUGGAUUAGUAUCUUGUCCUGACAUCAAGUUCAGUGUUGCACAGGUCAAGUGCUAUAUGCAGCAGCUAUUAUCUGCAAUUGAGCACUGCCACUUACUAGGUGUAAUGCACCGAGAUAUCAAAGCAUCCAAUAUUUUGGUAAACAAUGAAGGAGUUCUGAAGCUGGCAGAUUUUGGACUCGCAAAUAUUCUUAGGCCAAAGCACAAGCAAAUACUAACCAGUCGUGUGGUGACUUUAUGGUAUCGCCCUCCAGAACUUAUACUAGGGUCAACGAGUUAUGGAGUAUCUGUAGACCUAUGGAGUGUGGGCUGUGUAUUUGCAGAACUUCUCAUUGGGAAGCCUCUUUUCAAGGGGAGAACGGAGGUUGAACAAUUACACAAAAUCUUCAAGCUUUGUGGUUCUCCACCUGAUGAGUACUGGAAGAAGUCUAAAUUUCCUCAUGCAACUAUGUUCAAGCCUCAUCAUUCUUAUGAAAGUACUCUUCGGGAGAGGUUCAGAGAAUACCCAACGACUGCACUGAACUUAAUAGAAACUCUUCUUUCUGUAGAACCUCCCAAGCGCGGGACUGCCUCCUCUGCCCUUAUAUCCGAGUAUUUCAACACGAAACCUUAUGCAUGUGAACCGUCAAGCUUGCCGAAGUACCCACCAAACAAAGAAAUUGAUGCAAAAUGUCGGGAGGAAGCACGGAGGAAAACUGGGGGUGUUGGAGUGCGAGGGUCUGGAGCGUUAAGGAAGCCCAGAAGAUCCCGUACAUCUUCGCAGGAACCAAAUAGUACCAGUAAAUUUGCAGUAACAGAGUCCAACACCCAGUAUUCUCGUAGAAACAGUGGCAGCAGUAGUGCACAUAUUUCUAAGGGAAAAGGACGAGGCUUUGAUUAUGGGGAUUCAGAGAAGCCAUCAUUUGAGACAAGUUCGCAGAUUUCCCAGGUAUCCAAUGUAUCCAGAGGGGACUUUCUUUUCCAAGUUCCCAAACAAAUCACAGCCCCAUGUAGCUUUGCAUGGGCAGCGAAAAGGCGAAAAGAGCAUACUGCACCUCCAAGAACCUACAGUAGGUGUAGUUCAAGAUAUAGCGCAGUAGAAACAUUGGACGUUGUGGAUGAAAAUAGUGCAUUGGAAUUCCAAGACCGAGUUUCAGGUGAAGGUCUGAGUGGCUUGAGAAGCCAGGGCAGAGACGAGAUGGCCAAGCCAAUGAGGAAGCAGCGAAUCCAAUUCGAUUCUUUCGAUACAUCUGACUUGUACCAUUCUCAGGAAUUUGCAGCCGCGGUACACCAAGGAGAGCUUGCUAGAAGGCACAAUCUGGGUUUGAAGGAUCACCCAGAUAGGGUUGAGUUCUCAGGACCACUGCUAUGUGAACCCCAUAGAGUGGAGGAACACUUGCAGAGACGGGAGAGCCAGAUACGCCAAGCAACUCAAAUACCAUGGUUGCAAAAGUUGUACGAGGACUAGGAAGCGGGGAUGGAGAUGGAGAUGAGAAUCACAAUUACAGUUGUUUGUGUAGGCAUUAAGCAUACAUUGAACCCCACUUCAUUGUAUUUGGAAGUCUUACAGCACCAAGAGCUGCUUCGAGGCAUGGUUUUUCUUCUUUCUUUCUAGAGGUUUUGGCCCAAGUUUUGGUGCUGGAUUCCAUGUGUAUUAAAGGGAAGAAACAGAUGCAAAAAGUUGAUAUUUUGGAGUAUAAUGAAAGUGGAGGUGUUUCAGUC